GCUUCCUUAGAGCAGAGAAAGUACUUCAUUGUUGUCGUUGCUUUGCGACGGUGUUGAGCAGAGUUUCUUCUCUUCUUCUUUUUGGCGUUCUCCACGAUGGUGCUUCUGUUCUCUGUGGAGGAUCCCAAACACCAGCGGCAGGUCAAGGGUGGCACCGCCUAUGUGUGGUCCACGUUCGAGGACCACGUCGCGGUCAUCUACAAUGAUCAAAAGAGUGCGCAGCCAACAGCAGAGGAGAUCCGGAACGCACUGGAGGUAGUCCGAUAUCCCGUUCCUCCACGUUUUUUCGUGUCUCCCUACAACGGUGUUGUGUGGGACGGUAACGACGACGUGGAGGCGACUGCGCUGCAGUGGAUCUUCGAGGACAUCACGCAGUGCGUGCAGCGCCGAGAAAAUGUCACGGUCGUCCACCGCGGCGCCAACGCUGAAGCGCACCUUGAGCCACUGCUCAUCAACUUUCUAAAUGCGGUGCGUUCCUCCGCGGAGUACGGAAUGCAGGUGGUUGCUGAUGAGUUUGCGAAGGAGAAGCAGAUGCAGCGCCUGCUGCGGAUGAGCGUCGUGGGCUUCUCUGGGGACGGCGGCGACCGCGCGGAGGACGAAAGCGUCAAGGCUUUAAACGCUUCGCAGAGCAACGAGGGAGGCGUGCGCUUAUCGAAUGAGCUGCGGAGGCGAAUCGCGAAACUGAGACAGGAAUACCGCUAUGCACAUCCGGCAGACCGGCGAGCGGCUGCCGAAAGCCGUUACGGAAUCAUCUCCGCUGCACACAAUGAGCUGCUCGAGCCGCCCGUCAACGACUCGCAUUCGUUGACGCCGCAGACGUUUGUGGCGGCACCUCCGAUGCAGCGCACCAGUCAAGCCUCUAGGUCAGCCUCGUACUCUGCUGCCAAAAACACGCGAAGCCACACCGUUCUCUUCAACCAGCUGCAGCGACGCAACACGGCGCUGUUGCUGUCUGACCUCAACAAGACCGUCGAGGGUGCUAGCUGUGAACCGAUUGCAGGGAACGGCUGGGGAGAGAAGAUCACUACCUACGCGUUUGACGGCACCUCGUCCGUCAUGGCUCUGCCGGGCAUCCCCAACUUUGACGAGGUGAUCCGCGCGUUUACGAUCGACUUUUGGAUUCGAACCGACCUUAAAGUUGCAGAUGGCAAGCGGGUCCUUAUACAAGUAAUGGAGGGUCAGCGAGAGGAUCUUGGGCAACUCUUUCAGGUCAGCCUCAACUGGUACGAGGACAUGCCCGAUUCUGUCCGCGUCGUGCUUCGCGACUCGGCAAACCGAGUGAUGGAGGCUGUGGCGUCUGUAGCCAAAACCGGCCUCACAUCCGGUGAUCACUUCCACCACCUGAUGGUGCGCGUGGACAGCAUCGAGGAAGGACAGCUGACGUGCGAGGUGGACGCGAAGGCGAUCGACGUGCAGCUGGUGCAGCAGGAACACCCCAUCGCCUUCAACCCGUGGCCGCACCGCCUCUUCAUCGGCGGGUUUUUAGACGAGGAAAACACCCCUGCAAUGGUGUUCCGCGGCACAAUAGCGGAGCUGCGGGUGUGGUCCGGCGGCGACCCCGCGCACCCCAUUGUACGCUGGCCGCUGCUGGUGUCGGACAGCGCGGCGCUGCCCGAGGUGACGCACACCAUCCCGGCUGACCAUCGGGAGACACUGCUCAACCUGCACGCAGUCGAGGAACGAGCUCCGCGUAGUGCGCCGUCGUUCGACGGAAGGCUCGUGAUGAAUGUAGGCACGCUGCCGCUGUUCGGUCAACUGAUGCACAACUGGCGCAUGGAGUUCCGCUUUCGCACCGACGUCUCGUCGUGCAUGAUGACACUGGUCGGCGUGACCGACGGCCGCUUCAAGAUGCAGGAGUUCGGCAUCGUCCUCAACGCCGAACCGGUCGCCUCAAAGGACCGAUUUCGCUACCACGAACUGCACACGACGUUCUACAUUAUUGACGCGUUUGGUGUGUGCUGUUCCGCAUUGCUGCGUGGGACGGAGCGGCACAACUUGGUGGACGGUGAGUGGCACACGCUUGUCUGGCGCUGCAUUGAUAGCGAGGCCAACAAGUUCACGGUGAAGGUCGAUGACGCGCUGCAGGAUCUGCUGUUCGUGUGUCGCGAGGGGCCAACGCGCUUUAUCACCUUCGAAAACUGGAUCGCCGUUGGCGGGCACAACGUGCGAAACUGGAAGGUGCAGCGGCCCUUUCUCGGCCAGAUCGGCCGCUUCUACCUCUCCUUGCGCGGCUCUCCUUAUGUGACGCUGCAAAUGAAUGAGGGGCCUGGGGCGUACGUGAUGCAGGACUACUCGUGCCACAAUAACCACGGCCUCCUUAUCAACUCCGACACCAACGUGGUGCGGCGCAACGACGUGAUGUGGAUUCCCGCGCCGUCUGACCAAGCCGAUGAGCGCGCGACCACCACGGAGCGCGACGUGCGGAUCUUCGUGCACAAUCGGGUUUCCAUCGCGGCGGUCGUCUUCACCUGCAGCUUUGGUGAAAAGGGGGCUGCGCACGAGAGCAUCUACGACAUCUACUCGAAGGAGUUCUACGAGCUGACCAGCAUGCCGCACUACCUUUCUCAGUCGUCCGGGGUGCAGUGGAAGUCGUGGUAUGACUUGCCGGAGGACUGCUAUCACGUUCUGGACAGCAUCACACGGCUGGAGGAGUCCAUCAACGCCGUGAUCAGCGCCGAUGCCCCCAGAGGGCACCUCAUGAUCACCGUGCGCAUCGGUGACUGCCGGGCGACGGUACUCCACUUUCGCGAGCCGGAGCUGCCGGACGACGCCGCGUACGACUGCAACAUGCUCAAGUGGCACUAUCCGUACAUGGUCGAAGGCAUGCAAGGCCGGCGCGAGCUCAUGUUGAACCGCAUGAUUGAAGGCGCAGAAUCCGUUCUGCUCAGCAACACCUUGAAGCCGUCCGUAACAGCCAAGCUCGGCCCACUGAAUGCGCGAAACAAGACGGUGGUGACCGACGACAUCAUCCGCAGCCUGCAGAACAGCGGGCGGCCGUGGUAUUUGCCGGUGGUGCUCCACUCCCGCCUGUUGAAUGCCGAGUUCGGCUCAUCUUUGCACCUGCUUCACCGCGUGUAUCCGCGCAUGUCUGGCGACGAGGCGGCUGCUGUCAGUCUCUUCAACAAGCGGCUGAUUGACGGGGUUCGAGAAAACGCAUCGCUGUUGAUUCAACGCAACUGGCGCGGGCACGUGGCUAAGCACGAGGCAAAAAAGCGCAGCGCGCAGCGCUUCGAGAACGACCGCAAGGUGGAGGAAAUCCGAGGUCUUCGUAUGAACGCUGUUGUCAAACCGAAGCAGCAGCUCGGUGCGCUGCUCGUCACGUUGCACCAUCCUCAAUGCUGCGGUGUCCCGCCCAUCGAUAACGAUGUCUCUGCGCUCGAGGAGGCGCUGCGUCAGCAAGGUUACGAAGUCACCAGGCUUGAGGACCCUGAUGUGGCGACUUUGCUGAAAGCUGUCACGCAGAUCGACACGAGCAAGUUAAACUUCAUCUACCUCAGCGGGUACGGCGGUGCGCUGAACCUACGCCAGCCGCCUGUGCUUGGGUUUGAGUCGCUGGCGAUCUGCGUGGAGGAGCAGGCACGGCGCACGGAGCUAGAAUGCGAUGCGACCGCCACGUAUCAGCAGCUCCUGGCGCAGAUGAAAAAGGAGGCGGAGUCGGUGCCGGCGAAGAAAUCGAAGAAACGCGGUAAGGACAAAAAAGCUGCGGCUCCCCCCACACGUCCCAAGCGGCAGACAGAGGAUGAGAUAGAGCUGGAGCGGCGCCGGAUCGAAACCGCGCUGCGCACUAGUCGGCAACAACUGGAACAGGAGGAAGCGUUUGCCAGAGAUGGCCUUGUACAGGAGUACGAGGAGAUGAAUCAGCUGCUGUCUCGCGAGAUGCGGCAGGCCAUCGUGGUGACGCGAGAGUACGAGCAGCGGUACCGCGCGAAGGGGCCGGAGGGGGACCUGCAAAACUUCAUCUACCCAUGUGAGUCACCGUUGGUGGAACCGUACGCGAGCACCACAGUUGACGUGGAGGACUUUGUGUGUGCUGCCCUGCACCGACAGGCACCUCCGUUAGGUCUGCAGUGCAUCGUCGCAGUUGAUCUACAGCCGCUCACGCCGUUUUCGUGCGGUAUGGCGUGCCUGGCCAGCAGCACCGGCAACACCUUCCGCUUUCCCUACGAGCCGCAGCAGCGCAAUCUGCUUUCGCACAUUCUUGUGAAGGCGUUCAACGGUCAGCUUCCCAAAAUCUCCUCCGGCUCCAAGUACGCCGUGCUCUCUGGUGGGAUCCAGACGGCGGACAACCAGCGAGAUUGGAAGUCGUUCGCCACGUAUGUAGUCUCGAAGAUGCAACAGUACUGCACCCCUGCACGCUUCCGCACGUUGCGAAAUGAGUUAGAUCGGCACCUCCCUUUCGUAGCCGACCUCGUCCCGGUCCGCGAUAUUCUCCUGACGGCUGAGGCGAAAGACCACCGGCGACGCGAGCGCGAGACGCAGAAGGCGAAGGCGGUGUUCACGUUCGGUGUUGGCAGCUCCAAGGUGCAGAGCGACAUGUUUUCACUCUUUCGUGCAUUCAUGGACGGGAUCACCAUCUCCGAGCUCAGUUUCACCAACACGAUUCGGCUGCUCUUUCUGCGCCACAACGCCGGCAUCGACGGGAUCAACUCAGAAGACGUCUUCGCCGCACUGGAGAAGUGUCGUCCGCACGGUUGUGCAAUCUUGCUGCAUAUCAACGUUUCUGCGUGUGGUGUCGAGGUACAAUUUGAAUGCAGAGACCCCAGUGACCGCGUUCACCUCACGCAGUGGCUCAACGGCAUUGUGAUGCGCAGCCUGACGUGGCAGUUUCGCCAGCGGCCACUCUACGGCACCGCGCCGCUGGAGAUGGAUUUCGUUGAAUACAUCUACGACGUGAAGAUCUCGUGCAGCGGACGACGCUAUCGCCAGCUGUGCAAGCAGUUCGAUGCGUUUCCCAUUCCACAGCAGUACGUCCGCUGCCUGAGUACACGACUGCUGAAGUCAAAGUGA